GGUCGCGUUUACACGGCCAUGAAGCGACACUCAUAUUGACGCAUGAUUUGAUGGCAUAAGUUGGUUUUCGUUCUCUACUUGAUGACUUUCAAUUCGAGUUUGUAGAGGGUCGAUUUCCUCAUACUGAAGGAAAUUACUCCCUAUACACGGCGACGUUUCCCACAUCCAAACUCUGGGGCUACAUGGACAUGCUCAACCCAGAUGACGUCGACAGCGCCGAACGUGAAAUCUUGCAGAUUGCGGCGGAAGAAGGGCCCUUUGACGGAAUACUCGGCUAUUCGCAGGGUGCAACCCUCGCGGCGCAGGUGCUGAUUCGGUAUGCCAACGAGAACCCGUUCGCAGCAGUCGACGAGAUGCCCUUUCGUUUCGCCGUCUUCAUCAAUGGAGCCACACCUGGGGGGCUUUUUGCAUUGCCCGACAGCGAAAAGCCGCCGCAGAGAGUGCCUCUGGAGAAUAUCCCAGAGGCAGCAUUGCUAUUCUCGGUCAUGAAAACAACAGCUGGUACCACGAGGCUGUGGCCCGGGCGACUGUCAGAUGGCCGAGGUAUUUUGACAGACGGUGAGGUUGGGAUGAAAUUGUGGAAUGUGGACCUCGAUGGAAUACAGAUCCACGUGCCAACAUUGCAUGUUCGAUGCUUAGACGAUAAGAGCGAUUAUGGCGAAGGACUCGAGAAACUCUGUGAGCCAACGUUAAUGAGCAACUAUUAUCACAACAAUGGUCACGAUUUUCCAAGGGGUAACAAUGAGCUGAGUACCAUUGCACAAUUGAUUAGAACCACUGCAGAACGGGCAUUAUAGAUUACUGAUACUGUCGAGGGAGGAAUUAGUGGGGCAUUUCACAUUCGCCUUGCAAGUCUUCUGUAGGCGUUGGUUAGAUAUCUCUAGAUUUAGUUAGCCAUAUUCGCUAAUCAGCGACUGCUGUUUUUGGUUUUUCCCACUAAAGUUCCACUACGGCAACAUCACUGAGGACUAGAUUACCCCAAAGAGUCUUUCCCUAACCGCCAAGGUUGAAUAGAGGUCUCAUCUUAGACUUAAAUCUUGAAUUUGUCUAAUAUUUCAGGGUUCAAUGAAGCUCUUUGAUUGAUGCUCUUCAUCUUAGACGGGUUGUGCCCCUCUCGGCCCUGCACAAGGUUUAUGUAGAGCACCGGC